UUAGGUGUUCUUAUGGCUUGUUUUGGUUGACAGCUGCUGCAUGGUGUAGCAUGGCGAUCCCUAUAGCCAUCUUGGACUGUGAUCUACUGUUACAUGGCCUAGGUCAUAAGACCCUGGACCGCUUUGACCUGGACUCUGUCUCAGAUGACUUCCUCCUCACACAGUUUGGCUUCCCCAGAGAGUUUAUACUGUACCUGGUGGAGUUACUCAGAGAGACUCUCUGUAGGCGUACCCAGCGGUCGAGAGCCAUCAGUCCUGAGGUCCAGGUGUUGGCUGCUUUGGGAUUUUACACAUCUGGCUCAUUCCAGACGUCAAUGGGAGACACUAUAGGGAUCAGCCAGGCUUCAAUGUCAAGAUGUGUGUCCAACGUGACUAAAGCCCUAGUGGAGAAAGCUCCUCAGUUCAUCGUGUUGAACACGGAUCCUUCCAGCAGAGAGCAGUCCUUCCAGGAGUUUCAGAGAAUUGCAGGGUUUCCAGGAGUUCUCGGUGUGCUGGACUAUGUUCAGGUCGCCAUCAAAGCUCCAAACAGCGAGGACUCUUCGUAUGUGAACAGGAAGGGGUUUCACUCUGUGGGCUGUCAACUUGUCUGUGAUGCCCGAGGAUUAUUACUCAGCGCAGAAACCCACUGGCCAGGUGGACUCAAAGACACUGAUGUACUAGAAAGAUCUGCUCUUUACAAACAGCUGCAGGACACAGAGAAGGGCUGGCUGCUGGGUGACCGUCGUUACCCUCUGAGGAAGUGGCUGAUGACCCCGGUUGAUGCCCCAGAAUCCCCCGCAGAGUUGCGAUAUAAUCUGGCACACACUGCUACACAUGAGAUUGUGGACAGAACCUUCAGAGCCAUUCAGACCAGAUUCAGAUGUUUAGAUGGCACCAAAGGAUAUUUACAGUAUUCUCCCGAGAGGAGUUCGUCCAUCCUGCUCGCUUGCUGUGUCCUCCACAACGCCUCCCUGCAGUCUGGAUUAGACGCCUGGACUCUGGAGAGGACAGACCCCCUGGAGCAGCCAGAGAGCCUUGAACAGAGACCAGAGGACCGUGACACCCAGGCGGAGGACCUAAGGAAACAGCUCAUACUCAAACACUUCAGCUGAAGCGUAGUAUUCUGAACUUGGACAACACGAAUAUCACAAAAGUCACAUUUAAAGAAAGAAAAUCAACAGACCCAGAGUUGCUGAUGCAGUUUUUUAAUAUUUUGCUGGUUUCUACUCUACUGACUACACUAAGAUAACAUAGUUAUAUAUGGAGGAACAUGCAAGACGCUAUACAACAAACCAAGACAACAUUAUAUCCAAACACAUUUCAAACAACUGAACUCCUCGGAAAGUGCUGGAUUAUUCUCUCGGGACAUUCUCCAAAUAUUCAUGGUUAGAAUAAUCAAGCACCUCCUGGUGUUUUACAACUAUUCAAACUGUGUGAAGCUACUCUGUCGUCCAGGUUUCUUUACAAGUGGAAAAAGUCACCCUCCCUGUUUUUUUUUUUAUCCCUCCCCACUUUCUUCCCCCAAAAUCCACAGAUUUUCUCCUAUUUUUUCCCUUUCCCAUUUAAUUCCACAGGUUAAAAUCUUGGACUAUGUCACAAUACAAAAACGAGGCCCUUUAUUUACAACAUCUGCACAUUAAGUUGUCAUUAUUUAUGUACACUGGUGCAUUAAGACUGUUGAGGGUGAGAAUGAUAGGAUGGUUGUGCAACGGGCUGCAGUCAUGGGAUGUUUUUGUGUACGCUUAGCAACAGGGACACGAAAAGAAAUGAGUACACAGAAGAAAACAGAACAUCUUAGUUAACUGUAAUGUUGUGGAAUUCAAAAUCAUGUUUCUGGAUGUUUUAUAGUCAGAAUUUGUCAUGAUUUCCUCAAGGAGUUGGUCUGGGACAGUGAAACAUCUGUUUUUAUAACUUUUAAUUUGAAGGAAUGCCAUGACAUUUUUUGGAGAGCAUCAUGUUUCUCACAUUGUCAGAAUAGUGGUGAAGAAAUAAAAGCUUUUUUUUUUUUU